AUGCAUACCGACCAGGAAAUCGUCGAGGAAAUGAAAGACAUACACAUUAUUGAUGUCAAACGAAUCAAGCGCCAUAAGGGUGAUCAGUAUGUAGACUCAGAAGCGUUCAUUCUAACGUUCAAUCUGGGAACCCUCCCUGGUUCCAUAGAUGCCGGUUUUCAUCGCUGUAAAGUCCGACAGUAUGUACCACCUCCAUUGCGUUGCAUGAACUGUCUGAAAUUUGGCCAUAAGAAGGAUCAAUGCAAAGGAAAUCAAGUUUGUGCUAACUGCGCCAGUUUAUACCACGAUAAGACUGAAUGCCAACAAAAAACCACGUGUGUUGUUUGCCGGGAAGACCACCACGCCUUAUCUAAGAACUGCCCAGUAUACAUCGAUGAACUCGAGAUCCAGCGACUAAGAGUAAUCGAGAAGAUUACUCAUCGUGAAGCAAGACAAAAAAGAAGAUCGCAAGCACCAGACCCAAAUCCACCUCGGCUGAGAGAAUUGUUCUCUAGUCAACUCAAAAUUCGAAACAAUAUCAACAAAGAGAGACAAGCAGAGAACCCCACUAGAGACCAACGUACAGAGAGAACCGAACGUAACUCACGCAACUUUAACAGCAGUACUCAGAUGAACACCAGGACAUCCAAUCUCCAACCCGAAGACAACUCAUCGAAUCACGCCAGCGAUUCACUAGAUGCAACUGCAACUACACAGCAUAGACAUCAACAGCAGACAGAAGCUCAAUUUCAGAAUGACUCACGAUACAGUUCGAUAAAUACAGGUACCACUAACACGACUAACAACAUGAUUUACGGAAUAAACGAAAAUACACCUGAUCCUAACACUACUAACUCAAUUAGAAACCUCAGUAAUCUAUCGCAAGCAAUAUCUCAGUCGAUAUUUGUCGAUGAGAUAGAUAUAGAUAAUAUCUAG